AAUACCCUUCACACACACUGCCUCUGUCGCACCCAUUUCUCUGGUAUAGCUUUUUGCUUCUCUUUCCAUUUUCUUCAACAAUGACUAUACUCAUCGAGCAACCUGAGUUUGGUUCACAAAUAGAGGACAAGAAGGUAGCUUCUGAUACAUUGGAAUUGGAUGGAGGAUUUGUGAUGCCAAAAACCAUACCAAACGACGAUGGCUUUGAAAUGCCGAAAACCAAUUCAUUUGGCAACUCAUUUAGGGACUACGACGUUGAAUCUGAAAGGCAAAAAACCGUCGAAGAGUUCUAUCGGUUGCAACACAUUAACCAAACAUAUGACUUUGUGAAGAGGAUGAGGGAAGAGUACGGAAAAUUGGAUAAAGUAGAGAUGAGCAUAUGGGAAUGUUGUGAACUCCUCAAUGAUGUUGUGGAUGAAAGUGAUCCGGACUUGGAUGUACCUCAGAUUGAGCACUUGUUGCAGACAGCUGAAGCUAUCAGAAAAGACUAUCCUAAUGAAGAUUGGUUGCACCUAACUGGCCUCAUUCAUGAUCUUGGAAAGGUUCUUCUUCAUCCUAGUUUUGGAGGCCUUCCUCAAUGGGCUGUUGUUGGUGACACAUUCCCUCUUGGUUGCGCUUUCGAUGAAUCAAUUGUUCACCACAAGUAUUUCAAGGACAAUCCAGAUUCAAUUAACCCGGCUUACAUCACUGAGAAUGGAAUUUACUCUCAAGGAUGUGGUCUCAACAAUGUAAUGAUAUCAUGGGGGCAUGAUGACUACAUGUACUUGGUGGCUAAAGAAAAUGGAACAACUCUACCUUCUUCAGGAUUGUUCAUCAUUCGUUACCACUCUUUUUAUGCUUUACAUAGAUCAGAAGCAUAUAAACACCUGAUGAAUGAGGAGGACGUUGAGAAUUUGAAGUGGCUUAAAAUAUUUAACAAAUAUGAUCUUUACAGUAAGAGCAAAGUUCGGGUUGAUGUCGAAAAGGUCAAGCCAUACUAUAUUUCUCUCAUUGAAAAGUAUUUCCCGGCAAAUCUCAGGUGGUAAUUAACAUCACACAUUGAAGGAAAUUUGGGUCAAGAAAAGGCACUCUUGUGAUGCUUGGCUUAGAUACACUGUUUUCAUGUAAUAAAACCACGCAACAGAAAUUGAAAGGGUUCUGCCAAUUUUUAAUUAUUUGUUGUGGAAAUUUGUUAUCUGUUAAUGAUUUAAUUAGAGUAA